AUGGCUAGCGAAAACGUCGUACUUGCGUUCAAAGCUGGUCGCUCCUUCAGGCGAAGCGGCACGAACUUUGUGGAUCCCGACCCCACCAAAGGUGCCAUACUUCUGAGCCGCGGAGAGGACGGCCUUACCCACUUUCAGUGGAAGAAUAGGUCGACAGACAGUGUCGAAGAAGAUCUGAUCCUAUUUCCUGGAGAUGCAACGUUUGUGAAAGCAUCCGGGCGGACGUACGUCCUCAAGUUCUCGUCCUCAAAUUCAAGGCAUUUCUUCUGGAUGCAAGACGCAUCUGACGCUCGCGAUCAAGUAUUCGUCGAGAACGUGAACCGUUUGUUGCGGGACCCGGACGAGAUCCCGAUCUGGGACGCUUUCGCGCAGGCCCCUGCCGGCACCGGUAGCACCUCCGCGCCGCAGGCGACCCCCGAGCAGCUCGCGCAGCUUCGCGAUCUCGUGAGGAACAUGACCGGCACCGCAGCCCCCCGUCAACCUGGUGAGGCUGAGCUCUCCUUGAACGACAUACUCACGCCCGCCAACCUCAACCCAUUAUUCACCACUCAUCCUGCCCUGGUGGAAGCACUAUACCCUCAUCUGCCCCCCGACCUGCCCUCUCCGCCGUCCCCGGAAGUGUUGCAGCAGAUCAUCGCUUCCCCACAGUUCCGUGCUGCAGUUUCAAACUUCGAUCAGGCACUGCGGACGGGUAUGUUGGGGGGACUGGUGAGGGGACUUGGGCUCCCAGAGGAGGCCGGUACGAGCGUUGAAGCGUUCUUGAGGGCCAUUCAAGAACAAGCAGAUCGAGAGCGCGGCGGAGAGGAGCGGAUGGAUACGGAUUAA